GGCUUGAAUCGCGAUAAAAGUUUUCUCAUUUUAUAAAUAUAAUGAGAUUAUUAAAUUCAGUGCAUUGAAUAUUGCUUUUGUGGAGUGUUUUGAUUGAUUGUGAGAAAUGGCUUUCAAUUUGGAUUUCACGGACAAAGUAGUUCUGGUGACCGGUUCCAGCUCUGGGAUCGGAGAGUCCACGGCUAUACUCUUCUCACGAUUGGGCGCUAAAGUGAUAGUUCACGGCAGGAGUCGCUCCAGAGUUUCGGAUGUGGCCCUCAAAUGCACUCAAGUCUCACCAAAACAAUACAAACCAUUGGAAGUGAUCAGUGAUGUGGCGAAUGAGGAAGAAGUGGACCGAAUGAUGGAUGAAGUGAUCGCUCACUUCCAUCAGUUGGAUGUAGUGGUGAACAACGCGGGACUGGGAGGGGGAGAGAGUAACGCAUCCCUUAAGGAAUGGGACGCCUUUAUGAACACAAAUCUUCGCUCUUGUUAUCAGAUCUGUCUCAGAGCUUAUCCUUUACUCGAGAAAUCCAAAGGAGUUAUUAUUAAUAAUUCUAGAUUGGAUAUGUUAACUAGAGGCCUGGCUGUUUUGUGGGGUCCUAAAGGUAUUCGAGUGAAUGCUGUGAACCCGGGUCAGAUUCAGACCCCAAUCUGGGAGAACGCCACCGGAUUAUCAAAGGAAGAGCGCGAUGUGUUGUGGAAAGCCGUUUGUAAGAAGACACCGGUAGGUCGU